AUGAACAUUGGAAUCAGAGGUGAAAAUCGAUCAAAAUCAAGAUCAAACAGUUUGUCGGAUAGUGCAGGAAAAGUCAAAUGUCGUGAAGUUAAGAUCACAAGUAUCCAGAAAUCUGAUAAAAAUAAUGGCACCUCAAGAUCCAAAGCAUUGGUGCAUAAAAAUGGGGUUCAUGUUGGUAGCAAAAGGAAAGAGGAGAUCAAAGAGUCAAAAUCUAUGAAAGAUAAGAUAAAACAUCCAGAAAAAACAAAAGAGAAAGCAUGCUUAACAAAGCGAACACUCAGUCAUACAGACUUGUUUGGUGAUGACAGUAGUGAUGAUGAAAGUAUCAGUAAACCUGUCGCUGCCAUUUGUUGUGAGUUAGAUUCAGACUCUGACCGAGAUGUCUGUGCUAGCACCAGUUCCAGUGAUAAUGAAAAGGGACAAAGUUGUGUGCAACACUCCAUACCUUCAGAAGAUGAAAUCGAUUUCCCUGGUCUUGAAAAGGAGUUUGAAUUUGAAUCUGAUCCUAUGGAGGAAUGCCUAAGGAUUUUCAAUGAGUCUAAAGAAGUAAAGAAUGAAGAUAAAGGCCGAGUUUCCAAACAGGUGUCUGUCGAAAGUACUGAAGAUAAAGAAUCGAGCCUAACCACACUUUUUCCAGGGCAGAAAAGAAGAAUUUCACACAUUUCAAAGCAAGAAAAUGUAGAGCCAGCCAAGCCAAUCAUCCGUCCUUUUCGUAGACUUACUGCCCAAGAGGUUUGUUACCAACGGAGUUUGAUGGCACAGCAGCAAGUGGCCCAACUGGCAGAAGUGGAAAAAAUAGUUAAUACACCUUUCAGAAGCCGAGGAGAGAAGAGACGAAUUGCACAUAAACCAAAAGCAGAUGUUAUACCAUCAGCAAAACAAUCUCCAGUAAAAUUGAAGAUGGAAUCUUUAAAUAGAACUGUAGUGUCUCAGAAUUGUCCAAGAAACAGCAGCCUCAAUUUAAGAUGUCAAACCGCUGCUGGUAUGGCAUCAAAAACUGUAUCUACUACAUCUCAGAAAAGGAUAGCUCAUACUCCCACUUUGAAGUCAAGCUUGAAGAGACCCACAAUUCCAACAGAAUAUGGCUCCAAAGUUCCAACAAAUGUGAGACAGCGAUAUUUGAAUGUUUUCAUUGAUGAAUGUUUGAAGUUCUGUGGAUCUGAAGAAACAGCUUUUGAAAAGGCUUUAAAUGAAGAGAAGAUUGUGUAUAACCGAAGUACCAGUCGAACUGUAUACUUGAAUGUCGCUGUAAAUACAUUGAAGAAGUUGAGGAGUCAAAGUGAUGCCGUUUCAUCACCUACAAAGAACACUGUAGCUGUAAGGACAAAUAAGAAAGUCCAAUCGCAUGAAGCAUUGCUUGGGGGAAAGUUAGCCACGAAGACAAGUUUCACUCUCAAUAGAUCUGGGAAACAACAGGAUAUUGAACUGACAGGUGCUAUGCUGUACAAGAAGCUGAGUGAAUAUGUUUUGACUGAAGCGCAAUUGCAAGAAAAUUGCUACCCAAGGCCACAUCCAGAGAAGCCUGGUGUUGCAGUGCUUUAUAAUCAGGAUGAGAGAAAGAAUAACACUGACUCUUUAAUAAGGAUUUGCUGUCGCUGCGGAGCUGAAUACAGUGUUUCCGUUAGUGGGGAUUGUAUCCGCAAAGAAGAGUGCAACUACCACUGGGGGCGGCUACGCCGACAAAAAAUACCUGGUGGAUGGGAAACACAAUAUAGUUGCUGUGCAGGAGCAGUAGGAUCUGCAGGAUGUCAGACAGCAAAGCAACAUGUACAGGAUGGCCGGAAAGAAAAAUUAGGUGGUUUCAUGAAGACUUUUGAUAAAGAAAUGCCACUGGAUGAAAACCCAGGUGUCUUUGCAUUGGAUUGUGAGAUGUGCUACACCAAACAAGGUUUGGAGUUGACAAGAUUGACUGUUAUCAACCCAGAUCUAAAGGUGGUGUAUGAUACAUUUGUCAAACCAGACAACAAGGUCAUUGAUUAUAACACCAGAUUUUCUGGUGUAACAGAGGAAGAUAUGGAGAGUACAACAAUCACUAUUCGUGAUGUACAGGCAGUAUUACUGAACAUGUUCAGUGCUGCAACCAUAUUAAUUGGGCACAGCUUGGAAAGUGAUUUAUUUGCACUAAAGCUUAUACAUAGCACAGUGAUUGAUACAGCAGUUGUAUUUCCACAUCGACUGGGAUUGCCGUAUAAAAGAGCACUGAAAAAUCUGAUGGCAGACUACCUCAAACGCAUCAUUCAGGAUAAUGUUGAAGGACACGAUUCCAGUGAAGAUGCGUGUGCCUGCAUGGAGUUAAUGCUGUGGCGUUUGAAAGAAGAUGCAAAACUGAGGAGAUGACAUCUCCUGUCUUUUGUCAUGUGUAAAGGACUGAAUUUUGCCAACAAAAAACUUAGGACAGACUGGCUGAUUUUGUCUGCUGUUUUCCUGAAGCCUAACCUUGUGCCUCUCCUGCCUUUUUAUUGACCACGUGGGCCCAUAUUGAGACAACUGUAGACCGACCAAGACAUGUUGACUCUCUAAUAUCUAAGUGCACUACUUAACAUGUUACUCCUAAUUAUGUACAGAGAGGUUUAUAUUGCUCAUGUGAUCUCUUUUCUGUCACUGUGUCUUGCUUUCUACAUUCACAUCAAUUGCUGUGUCAGUUAUUAGAAACAACUUUAGUGAACACAUUGUAAAAAUGUGCCACAUAGUUUAGCAUCCAAUAACACAUGACAUACUCUCCUACAUUUUUAUGGUCUAAAAUUUUGAGACAUUUUAGAAAGAAAGUUGGACUCAUCUGUUAAAUGAAAUAUAGAUAUUUUCACAGUAAAUGUUUGGCUGUUCAUAGUUGCUUAAAUUGAAUAUACAAUAAGUACGUACUUUAUUUGCUGAACGUUAGAUUGAAUUUGCAUUAAAAGCUUCUAUGGUAGCUCUAAACACUUGCUCUAGUGAAAAUUCAGAUAACUAAUAAUCAUGUCCUUACGGUUACAGUUGAUUUUAUUGCAAAAAUUAGAAAUAUCUUUUUAAAGUUUAUAUAUGUAGAUAUAUGUAUAGUUUUUUGCGCGUGUUUGUAUGUUCAAGGGUGAAAUAUUAGAGAUUAUAGGUAUUCUAAAGUUUCCUAAAGUAUGUUACAGCAGUUUGUGAAUUUCAUUGAAACCCUAAAGGUUCGUUGUAUGCUUAUAACUGCUUUACAUAUUCAUAAACUGGUUUUAAUAUUAUAUUUAAGGUGGCUUGGUACACUGGAUUCAGCCAUGAGCAUUUUUUUUUUAAGGCAGUAGGUUUCAAUUUAAACUUGACAAAGUAGAAUGACAGUGGGUACAUUGCAUUAUGUAGCAAAGGGUUAAUGUUGCAGGAGGAAAUUCUGUGUAGAAUGAAGAAAGUUUGAUGUAAAAUUGCUGCCAAGUUCCCUGAAAGCACUUAUUAUUCAGUGUGGAAAAGCACCAUAGAACCAAAUUAUUCAGGGUUAGUCCCUAAUCUAUGCUGCAUUGUUUAAUUUCAGUGGGUUACAAUAAAGUACUGAAUCUAAUCUCUGAGCUAAGGAAGGGAAAGUUAGCUAGGGUUCCCCACUCCCAAUGAUUAGCCAUGUUGUACAUACAAUGUUAACUGUUGACGGUCAGAAUGAGAUUCUGUGGGCUGUCAGUGUUUGAGAUAAUCCUUGCAUCCUUGUGUUAAUACUUUCCUGUUGAGAAGGGAAGAUGGUGCUAUCACGUGUAACUUUUACAAUUUUGAACAGUAAGCAAAGAGACAUCACUGAAUAUUUUUGGUGAAGAAAGGUUACCAUUUUAUUUUCAUGGAGUUAUCUUCAUGGAGCUUCUUUAACAAUUAAGUUGGCAAACACAUGUGUGAUGGUGAAAACUUACAAGAAGUAAAGUCCUAGAUUCUGGAGUCCUGGUUUAAACAAAGUUAUGUGAUCUUAGUUUGAGCAUUAGUUGAGGUGCCACAAUUCACCUUCAAUCUUUUGCUUAACCCAAGAGCACAAUUAUUUAGGGAUCCUGUGCUGUAUCCUGUCCAUGACCUACCCUUAGAAAUGACAUGUUUAUGAUUAUUUGCGACCAAAAGUAUUUAGGGCUGCAACUAGCAAUUGCUUUCUAAGACUUUCUGUGAGGUACUGGGAUUUACCCCAACAGGAAUUUUAAAAUGAAUGCAUGGAAGGAUUGUAUUUCUGUUGUUUAAAUGUUUGGUAGAGUGCACAAUGUUACAUUAUUGUCCAGAGCUGCAGCUAAAUAAACAGCUUUCUACUUUCUCACUUAGCUUAUUUCACAGAAGGUGAAGGUGUUCAAGGGAAUAAAGGUGAAUUAAACUCUUAAUGUAUGCAAUUGUCUACCCUGUAUUGGCAAUAGAAGGGCAGCCUUCUCCUACAUCAUCAUCCAGGGAAUUAAUAAAUGGAGAUAGUUGUUCCUUUAGAUGACUGGGCCUAUAUUCAGAUAACCUGGGUUUCAUUCUUUGUUUCCAAUGGCUCAUCUUUUCAGGAAAGCAUCUUCUAGACUAUUCAAUAAAUCAGGUACUUCAUGACUAAACAGGACAAAGCAAAUCUUGUAUUGUAGAGUUGCAUCUCCUGCUCAUCAUUGAACAUUAUUGGUGUGAGGAAGAAAAAACCCUAUAGACUGGCUGGUCCUGUUAACUAAUUUAAAGUGAUGAAAAGUAAUGGCAUACCUUUGGAAGAACUGAUGAAGUAAGCCCAUUUGUAAAAUGAUGUUAAAACUGGUUGCAAAGUUUGGAGAAUGAUUAUUCAAGAACUUUAGAUUAUAUUAUCAUAAGUAAUGAAGAGCAACAGUAAAGGAUGAAGAAGUUCAUUUGAAAUGUAUGAGAGCUGGAGAAUAUAUUUGGAAACAUAAUUACUUUUUUUGUUUAAAGACCCAUCAAGUCUGUACUGAAACAUGAUAUUCCUUUUAAUAUUUUGUUUAAUGUAUUACAUGUAUAAAGUUUGUAUUUUUUUACAUGUUUAAUUUUGUGUAAAGUACUAAGAUUUUACAAAAAUAAUCUAGUAAGGGGAUGACUUAUGCUCUGAAUCAGUACAGAGCCUAGAUAUACAGUAAGCUUGAAAAUGUAGUGAAUUGUGUAAAGAUUUAUAGAAUUCAAAAAUAUGUUCUAUUCCUAGAUCUUUGACUGGUCUCUGAACAGAAAAUAACUGUGCUAAUUGGAAAGACUUUUGAUAUAUUUAAAUACAGUACACCGUUUUAAACUAUGCCUUGCACACUGGAUAGACAGCUAAAUAUCUGUAGCAUCCACUAAGUGUUUACAAAGAGGUGGAACUGAGUAUAUACACACAUUAUAUAUAGUAUAUACUGUAGUGAUUUACAUUCCUGUUUGGAAUAAACUUUUUUUAAACAAUACCAAA